CACGCUGUCAUUCCAGAUCUCGAAUCCUCUCUUACUUACUCGUUGCGUUUGCUGGAAGAAUCGACGAGGUUGUGGGUCUGUUGUGUAGCUGUAUAUAAGGUGAGGGUUUUAACUGGAUGUCAUUCUGUCAUUCAGCUUCAACACUGAACACGACUAACAACAGACCACCGAAGCAGCGCGAACUCCAAGUGUAUAUACAACGUAACUGGGCCAUUUACAUUGAACUACUUCACCUACAGCGUUGACGAGAAGAAACCAUCAACGACGAUGUUGUUCCACGUGGUACCCGAGAACAUGUUCGGAGACCGUGUCGGUUUUUCAAGACCCUGCUAUUACCGGAGACACCCAUGCCGUCGACAGCAGCAGUUGAGUAAUAUUGGGUUUCUCCACGACAUUCUCCGCCCUCUAAUGGUGAUGUCGCACAACAACCCUGGGUCGGAACGCUGUCACGGUAGACGCCCAUGUGACACAGAGACAUGUCAGGGUGUCACACGUCGAGGGACACAGAAGGAGGAGUGUCCUUCCCAGAAACAGGUGCCGAAGUCUAUGAUUGCAUGCCUCGAUUUCCGCGGUUUUUCUGCAGAUGAAAUAAAAGUGAAAGUCACAGACAGCGCCGUAGUUGUGUGUGGCCGACAUGAUGACCCCGAGAACUCCUUCCGGGUCACUAGAACACUUCCGCUGCCACCUGGUGUUGACAAAACGGGAAUUAUCUGCCGAUAUGUUGACGGCAAGGUCACCCUUGAGAUACCCGCCUCCGCGAAAGACAGCGUGGAGGACAAAUCGGAGAGGCAAGAGGAUGAGAAGAAAGUUGAACACAAAGAGGAGAAUAACCAAACUGACCCUACCAGGACAAGUGACACGGGCAGUGUUAAUGAUGACGACGGUGGAAUGGAAAUAGAAAGUGGGAAUCCUGACAAGGAUGAAGAACCUGCUGAACAGAUGACGACAGAUCAAGGCAGAGUUGAGCCUCGUCCGGAAGAGGCCAACACAACGGAAGCCGAGUCCUUUGACAAGCAUAUGGAAGCAGAGGAAGAGAAAGGGCAAGAGGAAUAUACCUGCCUAAUGUUGAAACAUGAUGAGAAGUUGUCUCUCGCAGAUGACGUUGAUGACCUAGUGCACGUACAGAAGCAGACGACAGGUGACAGUGCUCCAGAGCAGACGACAGUCAGUAAAAUGGGCGAAGAAGAAGUAGCAGCACGAUUGAUGUCUGAUGGAGAGGAAGAUGUUGACAAGACUCAGGCCGAAGCCGAUGAGAGAGCUCCUGCCUCCUCAACAUCACAAUAUUUCCAAAUUCGGUUCGAUCUGUCCAGCUACAAACCAGACAACAUCCGGGUAGUUGUAAGAAGUGGUGACGUCAUCGUGGAGGCCGAACGCGAGAGCACGUGUGACGGUUACAGCGAGACUGAGACACUGCGAAGGCGCAUUCGUCUCCCGGACAAAGUGGACCAGUCCAUGUUGACGAGUGUCCUGAAUGCAGAAGGCGAGAUGACCAUUCAGGCGCCAUUCCUGUCUCAGGCCAUCAGUGGGAAGGAAGAGAAAACUGUCCCGGUUAUUUGGGAGUGACUUGAGACUGUGGACAGAUCAUGACGGAUAUAUAGGACUCAGUAUUCGAUGUGUUUAGGUGGUCACAUUUCUGUCUCACAUAUAUGUUAUUUAGUAAAAAUGUGCGUCUUGAUAUGUACUGUCGCUAAAAGGAUUAUAGCGACAGUACAUAUUUAUCGUGUUAUGGAAUUUAUGGUUUGAUAAAAACAUUUCUCUGUCAGAUGCCAAGAAUUGUUUACAUUGUUUUGUUUUAGUUUUAAACUUAUAUAUUUAAAAUGUAAACUACUGUCGCGUCAGUAUUGGGUUAAAGUGUACACUCUGACUUCCUCCCUGUACAUAAUCCAAUUACAUUCAUCACAAUAAUUACCAAAAUUACCACAUAUUGCAUUAUUUUUCAUUUCGUUGUUGAUCUUUGUUCGUACACAGAUCAAAGGCUAUAUUUGUAACAUUGUCAUAUGAUAUCAAGUUUCAUAUAUUUCCCCAUACAUUGGUUUUGUUGAAACGUGUAUCAUGUUUCACAAGGUAAUAAAAUGACGAGGCAUACAUCCACA